UUUCUAGCAGAUUUGACGGACAGCUAUUGGCAAGCUAAGAACUGUUAGCUAGCAAUGCUCUUAGGAGAGGGGCAUGUAACGUUACCUCUGCUUAUGGCCAAAUUAACUGUCCCAGAUGACAAGUAACGUUAUACUGAUGAUAAUAGAUAAUAUGUAUCCAGGACCAGGUCAUUGUAUUUUACACAUUAUGUUAUGCAGCAAAACAACAGCUAAACUGUCACCGUUAAACGUUAAGCAGUUAGCCGUUGAGCUAAUCAGGCUAUUUUUGCAUGCAUCCAGUGCCACAAUUAAUCAGCGUCUACUGGUUGCCUAGAUACCCAGUCAGGUGGUUGUAAUUUGUGGCGAUUUGUCGCCCUCUACUGGGAUUUUGUCUCUCCCAAUCCCAAUGUAUCAUCAUAAAAUGAAUAAAUGUCUCACUGGGGAGGAAAGGGUAGAAUAUAAUACUCAAGUACGCUACUAUUACUAAACGUUGACCUUUUUUUUUCGCAGCAGACAUUUUGACUCGCCAGGCACAGGUGUUAUUAAUAUCACGAAUGAGGACUGCGAGGUCUUAGGUGUGUUAUGACUUACUGGGACACUUAGCCGCUGUGGAACAAAGUCAUCAUCAGUGGUCGUUUUCCCACCUGUGCUUUUCCUGCUAUUUCAAGUAAAAAUGGGUGCUGUGAAAAGGACCCUUUGAAAAUACUGAAAUACUAAUAGUUAAUACUGGAUGAGCUGAGGACUGAGAUGAGGAGGAAGAGCCUCCUCAUUCUCAUUUACCAACACCUGCUGGGGCAAGGCUACUUGGCUGCAGCAGUGGCCUUGGACCAGGAGACUAAUGGAGGUGUGAGGAGGUUCGAGGUUUGUGAUAACAUCGAUCUGGAGAUGGUGCUGAUGGAGUACGAGAGUUAUCACUACGUCAAGUUCCAGAAGUAUCCCAAACUUAUCAGAAGAACAGCAGAACCAGGUGAGAAAAGAUGUGCAAGAAGUGGUGGAGUAAAGAGGAGUCCCUGUUCAGCUGUGAAGCCGCUUCCCAAAAUCAUCCCAUCCCAGAGUCCACAGUCUGGAAGCGGAGCCAAGAGAACAGCUGCCAGUUCACACACAAAUGAGAUUGGCUCUUCUGUUCCUCCAGAGUCGUCAGAUUUUGGUCUCAACGUUUCCUCCAUCAAAAAUGGACCAGUUGGGGAGGCAGCCAUAAACAGAAAGGGCCAGAUGACUGACGGCAAAGGUUCAAUCCAUGACGCUGUCAAAAGAGCUGGCAGUGACUCAGACCACAUGGAACGGCUGCUGAAGCCCCUCAGUGGCUUUUCUGGAAUGAGCGGUGAGAUGAGAGAACUGGCUGCAGUCAUCAGCAGGGACAUCUAUUUGCACAGCCCCAAUGUGCGGUGGGAGGACAUCAUCGGCCUGGAGGACGCAAAGCGAUUAGUCAAAGAGGCCGUCGUCUAUCCCAUUAAGUACCCCCAGCUGUUUACAGGCAUCCUGUCUCCGUGGAAGGGCUUGCUGCUCUAUGGCCCCCCAGGUACAGGUAAGACGCUGCUGGCCAAGGCCGUGGCUACAGAGUGUAAGACGACCUUCUUCAACAUCUCAGCCUCCAGCAUCGUCAGCAAGUGGAGAGGAGACUCUGAGAAGCUGGUCAGGGUUCUGUUUGAGCUGGCCAGGUACCACGCCCCAUCCACCAUCUUCCUGGAUGAGCUGGAGUCGGUGAUGAGCCAGAGAGGAACCAGCAUGGGAGGAGAGCAUGAAGGGAGUCGCAGGAUGAAGACUGAGCUGCUGGUUCAGAUGGACGGACUGGCGAGAUCAGAGGACCUGGUGUUUGUACUGGCUGCCUCCAACCUGCCUUGGGAACUGGACCAUGCCAUGCUGAGGAGGUUAGAGAAGAGGAUUCUAGUUAGUCUUCCCACCUCGCCAGCUCGCCAAGCCAUGAUCUCUCAUUGGCUGCCCCCUCUUAGCUCCACAGGAGGGGUGGAGCUACGAACUGAGCUGGACUAUGAAACUCUGGCGAAGGGGAUGGAGGGUUACUCUGGCUCUGAUAUAACACUGGUGUGUAAGGAGGCGGCCAUGAGACCAGUCCGCAAGAUCUUUGAUGCUUUGGAGUCACAUCAGGACGGAGAUACUGACAUGCCUGCCAUCCAGCUGGAAACUGUGACAACAGCUGACUUCCUGGAAGUCAUCGCACACACCAAACCCUCGGCUCGAAACCUGAUGGACAGAUACGCAGCCUGGGAGAGAGAGUACGAGUCUGUCUGACACACAGGCACAUUUUAACAUGAGAAAAUUUGGCUUUUAUAUUAACACUACAGCAUAGCUGAUGGACGAGUUUUUGUUUUUCUCACUGUAUACAAAAGGACCUACUAAUGUAUCCCCAUGAACUUCUGGUGGAAUAUUUGACAUCAGUCAGUUAAAAAUGUUCCCAAACUGCACAAAAGAAAAAGACAAACCAAAAUACUGAAAUAAUGUGUAAAUACAAACCUGCUGAACAAGUACCUGAAAACUUUGAUAUUCUGAGCCAGCGCUAUCAUUUGUUUAUGCAGUCUUUAUUCAUUUUGUUUCUGUACAGUGAUCAUAAGUACAAUGAAAUAAACAAUAGUGACCAGCUGAA